AUGCAACAUACGUUUCCCAAGUACAAAUAUAAAGAUCCAGUUCGAGAACUUGUACCACAAAAACAACUCCGAAGGACCUCGUGACCUGCUAGACACCAGCUGCGGACCGUACGCUGCCAGUAGCAGUACCAUGCAGGUCAGCGGCAAUGGUUCGUCCAGCAACAUCGAUUUGCAUCCCGCCUCCAUAUCCACAUCCAGCAGUACCAGCAUGUACGCCCCGCUUAAGAUCUCCAUACCGCCCGAACCGCCCAGCUCGUCAUCGAUGGAGCACAUGGAUUUGAGCGGCCGCAUCCGGGACAACGGCAAGAGUCCGUACCCUUCGCCGACCGGUACCAUCAGUGCUGCCAACAGUUGUCCCACCAGUCCCCGCCAAGGCUAUCACGAUUUCUCCGUCUACACGUCGGGCCACAUGGGUCCGGUGGGCGGAAUACUCGGUCACGACCUCGGCGGUUCCGGCGGUGCCCAUCUGGCGUCGAGCAGCAGCGGAAGCGUCGUCGGCAGCCACAGCUUUAACGAUUUCCAACCGCCGGCCACGUCGCAGUCGCUGGAAAACGAAAAGCCACCCUACAGCUACGCCCAACUGAUUGUGCAAUCGAUUUCCGCCUCGCCGGAGAAGCAGCUGACGCUAUCUGGAAUCUACUCGUUCAUCUCGAAGAACUAUCCGUACUACCGGAACGGUGCCAACAAGGGUUGGCAGAACUCUAUCCGGCAUAAUUUAAGCUUGAAUCGCUACUUCAUUAAGGUGCCCCGCUUGCAGGACGAACCGGGCAAGGGAAGUUUCUGGCGUAUCGACCCGAACAGCGAGCUGAAGCUCGUAGACCAAAGCUACCGCAAGAGACGCCAGCGGGGAAGCCAGUGCUUCCGGACGCCGUACGGUAUGCCCAAGUCGGCGCCCGUUUCGCCCACCCCGAUGGAUCCGGAAAGCAGAGAAGGCUCCCCGCUGCACGACAUGCUGCUCCAGUCGGCGCCCGGUUCGCCGGGACAGGUUGCGGCCAACGCGUACGUUCACAGCAGCACCGGUACCAGUGUGGCAGGCCAUCCCGGGCAGGAAGAUUUUCUGGCAAAACAACCCACCAAACGAGUUCAUUCGGAAUCUGUUGGAAAAUUGUUCAAACAACAUCUACAACAACAACAACAACAGCAGCAACAGCAACAAACCAUUACUGCAUCAACCGUAGUAGCAGCUUCCACAACAUCAGCGGCCCCGGCGGCAGCUGCAGCUGCACCGAACCUGUAGACAGGCAGACCGACACACGAACGCAAUCGCAGUGAGAUUUUCCAUCACCUGGUUCCGUUUCCGUUCACAAUACCGCGCGUAAGUUAUAAAGGGAAACAAAUUUUAUUGAUCAUAAAGAGUAUGUACACACGUAUAUAUUAGUGCUACUACCAACACAAACACACAUAUAUACAUACAUUAUAAUAACAUUGUAGGUAAAAUCAAAAUACGAACAAAACCGCUAUUGUGUUCGUAUUUAAUAUAUAAAUUGUUAUAUAAGCAUAAACUGGGAAUACAAAAACACAAAACCACUUUGAUUAACGAUAAAAUACAAAGUAAAACCAGCUGGAAGGAUAAAGUUGUCACAAACAAUCUAGUUUGUAAGAGUUUUGACUAAUGCAGAAAUUAUUCUAUUUAGUAGAAGUGCUUGUUGUACAAUGUCGAUGUCGUCGUCGUCGUUUUUAGUCUAAAUAAGCCUAAGGUGUUUCCUCCCAGGUUCUCUCUCUGCUGCGCGUGGCGCGUUGUGUUUGCACUGGAUCUGUUUGCGCGGAAAAACGGAACUGUGUCGAUUCGCUCUCGUUUGUUAUUUCCCUGAGAGCAAUCGGAUUCCGUUGUUUUCUUCUGUCUCCCAAAAGCUAUGAGCAAACGAACAAACUAAGGUCAACUUCUUCAGGUACUCAGUGGAAUUGAUGGCGUGUGCUAUGUAAUAAAUGGUUAUUUGAUGUUCAUUUCGUGAACCAAAAUUCUCAACACUUCUCUAGAAAAAGGACAGAAACGAAAGAGUGCGACACAAAAGCAUACCGGAAAAAGCAUACCUUUCAAAGCCUAAAUGAUCGAUGAACAAACUGGUUUAAAAGGAAACCGGAAGAACAAUAGAGAAGAGAGAGCGUCGCAGGAGGUACGAACAAAGAACUCACAGAUUGUAGAGCCACUACACAUACAAACAAACAAACAACACAUCUAAACAAAGCAAACUCACUCACACUUACAUUGGAUCAUUUUUGAUUGUUAUUAAAACUCUGUUGGGUUCGUGAA